AUGUCAUCUGUUAGCAGUGUUCUCAUACGCCGGGGCACCGAGUUGAUUUCCGCUCGGCUUCGAUACCGUGAACAGUCUCAAAUGCAUGAUUGGCUAGGCCUCUCAAUCGUCAUUUUUACGGCCCUUGCAUUUGGUCUGGCAAUCUUUUGGGUUGACUACACCUGCACGCAUGUUAUUGCGACUCUGGCCGCGGUCGAAGACUCCAACCCAAAGACCUAUGUCCGCCUCGACAGCGAAGAUCCUAACGAUUCCUUCGACCCUACUGAUACCGAGGUCGCAGCUGCAUCGACCCCUAAGCCUAUCACUAGCGGGCUACGCUCGACCAUCAAGCACCUACGCGCCCGUGGUGGCAUCUGGUCGUGCUUCCGUGGAUUCCGUAUGUAUCUGGCCUUCACAGGGUUCGACAUGGGCGUGGGGUUUCUAGUUCGAGCUAUUGUCCCUAUUCCGAUCGACUCUCACUCUCUCGCCGGUUCAUUUUUCGGUUCAUUUUUCGGGGAGUUCGUCGCCAGCAUGCUCCUGGCCACCUGGCAGAUGGCUUGGGUCCAUCUUGUGAUCGCCGACAAAUCUCCAAGGAGCUCCUACCGGCGAAUGCUUGGCCUCCGGCACUGGCCUAGAAUCGCCCCUGCGGCUGCUCUGUACAAUUUCCUAACGUGUGCGACUUUCUCUCUGCCUACAGCUGCCGCAGGGCCCGCUGGCUGGGCCGUCAUGGCCGUCGUCACCAAUCGGGGGUAUAAAGGGCUUCUCGGUUUCCUAGCCAUUAGCAUCCUCCCGGCUGUAUUCUUCCUGUUGGUUUCCGUUCCCGCCAGGGGAAUAUUCACCCGCGUGGCUGCCUCGAUGCUGCCCGAGGAGGACGACCCGAUCGUGCCCUUCGACCGCCUGUUUGGCGGCAAGGUGAAACCCGAAGUUGUGGGUGGUAGCGGCAAGCUCGGCCUCAGAGAUGCCUGGACCACCUUUGAUUGGGCUGCUCGCGCUCGGUAUGUUAAGGUCAUCCUGAAGGCUCUUGCCAUUGAGGUUGCACUAGGUGUGGUUGGGAUCCUUCUAAUAAUAGGGGAGUUGACUUUGGUGACCCCUACUAGCCAGAGCUCGGCUUCCCACUCUUAG